AUGUUUUCCUCAUUCACUACCCGAGACCGGCUCCGACGGUCCAUGUCCACUCGAUCGAUGCGCCGAGCCCGUCCACAGACAGAAUCGGAAUCCGUUGAUGUAGAUGUUGCCAAAUCACAUGCCGCUACGGCUGCUACACGGGCAAUGCGCUUGAAUGAAAGAUCAUCCCUCGAGACCAAAAGCUCCUAUGAUAAGCUAGGUGGGCCUGGCAAUGUGGCCAUUCCAAGAAGACGUCAAAAUACCAGCUUGCAGUCCACAGAUGACAGUCACCCCGCUAUCCCAUCGAUACCCCCUCCACUGACUCCCCAGCGGACGGACCGGGACUAUAUAGCUCAGCCUUCUUACGAAAACUCGGCUGCGCUGCCACCCAUCACGGAGUUCAAAGGGUUGGAUGGUCGUGACAGCUCAGUCCCAUCAUCAUAUCGCCGUCUACGAAGAGCCAAGUCCAUGUUCUCUACCAGACAAAGGUUGUCGCAAUUGGCACAUGGAACACCGCCCAUUCCCCAUGGCAGCUCUCCCGGUCCUGACUUCAGUCCGGAUUUUGCAAUGCCUCGAACCUUGAGGAAUUCGAGAUCUUUCAUUCGCAAUCGUCAACAACCACAUGCUAUUCGACGUGCAAAAAGCCAGAAUGUGGCCGUUCAACUUACUCCCAGUCAAUAUCUGAAGGAGAAUGAAAGUCUAGAAGUGCAGACCCGGCGCUCGUCAUUUUUGUUGUCCCGUCGCAAGGGAGAAGUGAAGCCAUUCCGAAAGUCUUUCCGAGCUACGAGUGAGGGUAGUGGCCCAAAUCCGUCCCCUGGCAGCUUCAGCUCAAAGUUCUCUCAUGCCAGGUCUCGCACCUUUUCUGCGUCCAUCAAGCAUGGCCUAAAGCGUGUCUUUGGCUUGUCAAAACAAGUUGAGCGAUCUACUGAGCAGCCUACUGAGCAGCCCACUGAGCCUCUAGACGAACUCCGACCCCAGAAUUUGGCGGCAAAUGUGGCCAAUGUGGCCAAUGACGACAAUGUCAGCUUGGUCAGUUAUACUGAAACUGAAGAAGUUCAUGAUGAAGUGGUAUCAAGCCCAUUGCGAGUCAAACAGAUCUCUCCGAGUCGCGCUAGCAUUUGCACCACGGGUUCACGCAGUACCAGUCGGACCACCUCUACUGUGGGGAAUGCAGUGAAAGCACGAAGAACAGGCCAUCGACAAUCGCUGUCUUUGAUCGAGGAGCAUGGCGACCUGAACGAGCAACUCUCGGAGGCGCCUUAUGACACUGAAAACAACCAGUCUCCAUCGCGUAAGAGAUCGAGCACUCGUAACAUGAACGGAUGGUUCAACACUCAAGACUUGUACACAGCCUUGAUGCAGCAAAUUGGACGGAAUGCUGCUCAAGACCAAGAGGAGAUUGUGUUGGGUAUUGUACCAGAACAUCGGGUGAUUCCAGAACGUGUGUCCUCCACUUACUCUCGACACAGCCAGCGUACGGUUCGCCGUGUUUCCAGUGAAGAAUCAUCAACUUCCCCUGAAUCUUUUGCGACCGCACAAGGGAGCUCAAUGUCGCCACAGAAAUAUCAACGAUCAGCGGGUUAUAUUCGACCACUCCGGGUGAGCUCCCGAGCUGUCCCUGAACAAAAAAACACUCGAAGUUCGUAUUUAAAAGACAAAUCGCCACACGCUGCACAUAUUAUGGGUUUGGACUCGGACGGUGAGACAGGCAGUGUGGAAAUCGCCUGCUCUGAGUCACGACUGGAACGAGUGUCUCCGACAAGCGUCUAUUCGCGAACGACAGGUGGUAAUACACCGACAAAGAACGCCGACAUGUUGGCCCCGCUGGAGCCUGGAACAGCGACAAUCUUCACUUCUGAGCGGACGGCCUGGAGCUCACCAAGUCAUGCCAGUCGAACUCGGGCCUCAGUGCCUACGGUGCAGCCAAGCGCAGAUUGGCUGCAGUGGAUGAGCUCACAGAUUGAAAGAAUUGAAAAUACGAGUCCCAUAAGAGAACAUAUCCGGGAAAAUGCCCAAUUCCAGGAUGAAGACGGGAUCUUCACUGAAAUGCUUCUACUAACAACUCUCCCGGGCCACGUGUUAACCAGUCCCUCAUCUAUUAUGGGUAGACAGAACAACAAGUCACAACCCGCUGAUGGUCCCAUUUUGCCUCAGAGCAAUUACUCACGUCCAUUCAGUCGCUCUUCUAGUGUGCGAACUAUUAUCUCUGCUCAAAAGAUUGAGCCCGACCAGCCAUUUACGAUGUCCACCAACAAUCCCGAGGUUGAUCUGACAACAUAUCAGGCUCAAACUGCGCCAUCCUGGUCUCAAGGUGCCGAUUCACCCGUGUCUCCGAUGCGGAUCCGAACUAGCAACAUGAUAAAGAUUCCCGAGUCACCCACCCCGCCUCAGAGAAACGGCGCUGGGGUGAUGAAACGAGCAAGGACUCAAGACCAGUACCGACGAUACUCUGCUCGGCGGCCAAUGGUGAAUGUGAAGCCAAAUUCAUUCCGCUCCAUGCGAUCACAGAGAGAUGUCCAAGGGUUGAACGACGAGAAUACCCGACAGGGAGAGGAGCAUGACGAUAUGAUGGACGAGUAUCACAAGCUUCAAGACAUUCAUUCCACCAUGUCCAGCAAGCGCAUGGUAGAUAUGUUCUUGGAUAGUCGUCGUCUCCAGAUGGGAAUGGAGCUGCCAGUCAAUGAGAACACUGCGACUGAGGAAGCAUUUAUCUGA